CUCCUGUUUACCACAAAUCGUCUGGUAACCUGGAAUUGAAAGCAUAUCCUGCUCCGAAAAGUGAGGACGAUAACUGUGGUUCAAAGCUGGUAGAAGGGGUAGCACGCCGUACGACCAGUCCCUUAAAAUGCUCCAGUAAGCGGCCACUACUAACAACUUAGCAUUUGUAAAUAAGAAACGAUCCUUCCCCCAGCUGGAUGAGCUGAAGGGAGACGCUCUGCAGUCGUACCAAGAACAACCUUCGAGUUUUUUGCUGUUGGUUUAUUGGUCUAUUUCUCUCUUUUUUUUUUAAAGUGCUCUGUUUUUGCAGGAAGACUUUAGCGUUGUGAGAACAAGACUGGAGCUAUUUUUGAUUCGACUUCGAGGCGGCAGCUUAAGUUUGUGGCGCUGCUAAGAGCACGUUCGAGUUUUGAUGCUAGUGUAAACCCAUUUAUCUGUCUGGACCAUCAAAGCGCUGAAGUGUGACAGAGUGACUGUUUGGAUUCCAGGAGAGCGAUGAGAAGAGCGUUCGGAUGCUCAGGCUCGCUGACGAUAGCGCUUCAGUUUUAGGCUCCCUUCGUGUUUUUUUUUUUUUUUUAAUCCGUGUGGGCUAUUGUAGAUCCGUUUGGUUGGCGAAGGUCCUUAUCUGGAAACAUCCAGUACCAGAUUUACUCCUCACCCCCUUCAACGAUCAAACAAGCCGGGAGCAGACCCUCGCUGUCCCACAGUAACGGAUUUCUUUUUGGACUGAGGCAGUUGAAUGGAUUUUCCGGUAUACUGCUAAAAUUGGUUAAAACGAACUGUUCGCGAUUCAAAUAAUUUUUCGGUACCAGCUUACUCUGACUCGUAAAUGUUCCACUUUGAUCGUUGAUAAAGGAAUAUAUCUGUUUGGCGACAUUCAAAGGCAAAGUGCUCUUGAUUUUGUUUCCUGAUUAUUUAUUGUGAUAUUUGAAUACGCUGGUGGAGAAAAUGAACGUGUAUCUUGUGUGCCUUUUCCUUACUUUGGAUUUAGCCACCGUGGCUUUCAGUCUGUCUACGUGCAGUACGCUGGACAUGGAUCAAUUCAAGAAAAAACGCAUCGAAGCCAUCCGAGGGCAGAUUCUGAGUAAGCUGAAACUCGCCGCCCCCCCAAAGGACUUCCCCGAACCCGAGGAGGUGUCCCGGGACAUCGUCUCCAUCUAUAACAGCACCCGGGACUUAUUGCAAGAAAAAGCGAACGAACGGGCGGCAACUUGCGAACGGCAACGGAGCGAGGAGGAGUACUACGCCAAAGAGGUGCACAAGAUCGACAUGCAGCCCGUCCACUCGCCAGAGAAUGUUAUUUAUCCUACACCCUUCAACCCUUACUUCCGGUGGCUGACUUUUGAUGUGUCCUCUAUGGAGAAGAAUGCCUCCAACUUGGUGAAGGCAGAGCUCAGGAUCUUCCGUCUUCAAAACCCUGGGGCCCGAGUGUCUGAGCAACGAAUUGAGCUCUAUCAGAUUUUAGGAUAUAAAGGUCUGACAUCCCCAACACAGCGGUAUAUUGACAGCAAGGUAAUACGAACACAAACAGAGGGGGAGUGGUUAUCCUUUGAUGUUACAGAGGCAGUUAGUGAAUGGCUAAACCACAGAGACCGAAACAGUGGAUUCAAGAUCAGCCUGCACUGCCCGUGCUGCACUUUUGUACCAUCAAAUAACUACAUAAUUCCUAAUAACAGUGAGGAGCUGGAGGCACGAUUUGCAGGUAUCGAUGACAACCUAAUCCAUGGUCGUGACCUGAAGGUUUUUAGGAAGUGGCAGCACAGUGUUCGGGGUCCACAUCUUCUCCUCAUGUUGCUGCCUUCAUACCGCCUGGAGUCCCAGUCCCAACAUAAGAACCAUCGAUCGAAGAGAGCUCUCGAUACUGCCUACUGCUCCAAAAAUGUUCAGGAUAACUGCUGCUUACGAUCGCUCUACAUUGAUUUUAAGAGGGACCUGGGCUGGAGGUGGAUCCAUGAGCCCAAGGGCUAUGAGGCCAACUUUUGUGCAGGGGCCUGUCCAUAUUUGUGGAGUGCGGACACCCAGCAUUCCAAGGUGUUAGGUCUGUAUAACACCAUCAACCCUGAAGCAUCGGCAUCCCCCUGCUGUGUCUCCCAAGACCUGGAGCCUCUCACUAUCCUGUACUACAUCGGCAAGACCCCCAAAAUAGAACAGCUCUCAAAUAUGAAGGUCAAGUCCUGCAAGUGCAGCUAGAAGUCCUUAGAAAAUACAUACUCUUCUUUCAUCCAGAGUGGAGUGAGUUAACGUACCGUCAAAGUGCCGCUGCACUCAUUUACUAGCAAUCCUACAGCAGUCGUUUCACACAGGCAUGGCCAGGAAUGGUGUAUUAGAGAAUAAAAGAAACAAGUCAAUGUGAGUUCAAUGCUUAUUCAACAUACAGGACCAGAGCAGUUAUAAUACCAAAAACCUUAGUUCGAUGCACUGUAUAGACAAAAAUGUUGGGCCUUCAUGUAAAUUCAUGUGUGUUCAGCCCUGUUGCUACAGGUGUUAAUAAUCAUGCACCAAGCCAUGAAGUCUGCCUUUAAAAGAUCUGUAAAAGAAUUGGUCAUUCUAAAGAUCUCGUUGACUGAGUAUGGUACUAUAAUAAGAUGUAAAGAUUCCAACGAGUCAUUUUGUUAAAUAUUAUUUCUCAUAGAUAUGAAGUGAUCAACUGUAAGUAGUUUUAUCGCAAAGUGAAACAGUAACUCAUCCAGGAAGUGAAAGACCUUCUAAAGUUACAAAGGAGUUCUGAAGCAUGUUGUACAUAAAAGUCGCUAACGCUCUGUUAAAUCAAUAACUGCAGAGUUAAUUAAUUAUUAAUACCAGAACUGCAUACCAGAGCUGCCAGAAGCUUCAUGUAUAGGUAACCCAGUACUUUUGUUCAUAUAGGAAGAAUUGUAUUUCUGUAUUGACACAGGUUUGCAAGUAAAAUGAGCUUGUGCGCUGUUCUCCUAAUAAAUGGUCAAAGAAGAAUAAUACUUCUUAAUAAUAUUUCUUAGUAAGGGUAAUUUACAUCAUGAAGGCCUGCUCUCAAAAACUGAUAUAGAUAAAUCCAGCUACACAUCCAGAAAUAAGUGCUUAAAGUUUUUAGAAAAUGUUUAGUGCCAUCUUGUGUCAGUACAGAACAUUACGUCACCUGGUUGGUUUGUUGGUUGCUGUUAAACUUGCACUGAACCAACCAACUCAGGUGAAAAUAAGGACACUAAAACUAACCCUAAGCCUUUUCUACUCUCCCAGAAUACUCAAAGCGCUCUAUACAACACGACAUCACGACAUUCACACAAACACUGUCUUCUCUGCUUUGAAGUGCUUACUAACUACGGUGGAUGCAUCGGAGAACAACUUGGGGUUAAUAUCUUGCCCAAGCAUAUUUGGCAUGCAGACUGGGGGGGGGGGAGCCAGGGAUCAAACCACCGACCUUCCAAUCAGUAGAUGCUCAACCUCCUGAGCUAUAGCCACCCUACAGAGUUUUAUGUCUGUUAACAUAAAGCUCAUUGCUACAGCGAGGGGCAGCACAAAAGUGAACUCUUUAAAUGAAAUUUUAGUUUUAGCCUCCUCAUAUUCCACUGAGUUACUAGUUCUGUUAUUAGUUUGCUAAAAUAAACUGAAGUCUUUUAACAGCAACGAACAAACCAACCAACUUGGUGAUGUAGCAUUCUGUACAGAUCACAAGAUGGCGCUAAACAUGUUUAAAACAUGCACUUGUUUCUUAAAUCCAGCUACAAGGAGUGUUAAAUCCAUAUCAGUUUUUGAGAGCAGGGCUCCAUGGUGUAAAUUAGCCUUUGUCCACUUUAAUCCAUCGGAAAAAUAAAUAAUGAAUAGUUCACAUAGUUUUCUUCCCUCACCAAUAUGCAAUACUGAAAUAUUUUCCUCAAUAACCUCAAUAUCAAGUCUAGUAUUUACAGUUAAUUUUAUUAUUGAGUCUGCUUCAUUGACUUUUUAGGAGUCUUGUUAAAAUCCAGUGGUGUUUUAGAUCAUAACAAACUUUACAUCAGUUAUAUUUUUGGUUCAUUACAUGAGGCUAGAGAUUUGUUUGGGUUGUUUUUUUUUUUUUUAAAUCAUACACUUGCAGAGUUCUGAAUUAAAAAACAAAAAAGUGCUGUCAGCUCCAAUAUCUUUUUGAAAUAUUGUGGCGCUAAAGCAGCACACAUUCAAAAAGUCCAGGCCGGUAUAGUAUUCAGUACCAAGUUAUGUGAGAAUACAGCAAACACUGGAAAUGUAAGUGAUAUGUGUAUAUAUGUGAAAUAAGUCCUUGAAAAAACAGAUCUACUCAGACCUACCUAACACUUUGCUUUCAACCACUUAGCCCUUCAGCAGAUAUCAAAGGCGCAAUACCACAUUCUUAUACAUCAUUAUUUAUUUGAUUCCUUGAGAAGUAUUCUUCAGUUUUGCAUUUUCUGAUUCUGUACAGUAAGACAUUGCAGUAAGAUGUCCUGCAACCUUGCAGUGUUGACAUAUAUUAUCUACUCCAUUUUGUAGUUUUAAUAGACACACACAACUUUUAUUAAGCCAUCAUAAGAGGGAAUAAGAUGUUGCAUUAGAAUUGUAAAGGCUAUUUUGAUUUAUUAUGGCAAUAGUAUUAAUUUUAUAGCUUCUCAUUUAUAUUAUAAAACAUUUCUUCAAGAGGUAAGAAAAACAGUGUUGUAUGUAAUAACUUUUAAUUGCUAAAUUGGCAUACUAUGUUAACAGUUUUAAGCAGUAAUGGAGCAAAUGGCCCUUUUAAAUAGCCCAGUGUAACAGAUCCCAUAACACGUUUAAGUAAAAAGCUUAGAUUCUGAAUCAUUGUAACCCCGAGUCUGCUGUCUGUGUUGUUUAAAAAAGAAAAUACAUGUUUAUUUAUGAUGUUUAUUUUCUGAAACAGAAAAUUCUGUAAAUGUGUAAUAGCAAUCAAUAAAAAGUGUUUUCAUCAUUAA